AUGGCAGCCGCUGCUGCUGCUGGGAGCCCGGCGGCGGGGUCUGUCAGCAGCGCCCCGCUUCCCUCAGCUGCCCCGGCGGGCGACGACGAGGAGGGCGAGGAGCCGGAGUCCGCGGAGGAGGAGGAGGCGGCGGGGCCCAGCAGCGGCGGCACGGGCGGCAGCAGCGCGGGCUUCCGUCUGACGGCGGUGCGGCGGGACCCGGCGGUGCGGCUGCAACACAGCGUGAGCGGCCUGGAGCCGCUGGCCUGGUCGGAGGACCACCGCGUGUCGGUGAGCACGGCCCGCAGCAUCGCCGUCCUCGAGCAGCUCAGCGACAUCAACGGCGCCGCCGCCGAGCUCGUCAUCCACCGCACGGCCGUGCCCGCCCCCGCCGCCUCCUGUCACCUCAAGGUUGGUUCCAAAAAAGAAGUUGCCGCGUGUAAGGAAAAGUUCGCAAGUUCUAAAGAUCCCACACUAAGUCAGACUUUCAUGCUCGACAGGGUGUUUAACCCUGAAGGGAAGUCGCUGCCCUCUCUGCGAGGUUUCAGGUACUCCAGCUGGUCUCCACUGGGCUGCGACGCAAACGGCAGGUGCCUGUUGGCCGCUUUAACGAUGGACAACAGACUGACCAUCCACGCGAACCUGAACAGACUGCAGUGGGUGCAGCUGGUCGACUUGACUGAGCUUUAUGGGGAGCGCCUGUAUGAGAACGGGUACAAGCUUUGCAAAGGCGAAGCCCCCCGGGGGGAUUUAGGAGACUUCUCUGAAUUCCAGAGACGACACAGCAUGCAGACCCCGGUGCGCAUGGAGUGGUCUGGGAUCUGCACCACCCAGCAGGUGAAGCACAACAACGAAUGCCGGGACGUGGCCAGCGUACUGCUGGCCGUGAUCUUCGAAAACGGCAAUAUUGCCAUCUGGCAGUUCCAGCUCCCUUUCGUGGGCAAGGAGUCCAUCACGUCUUGCAGUACCAUCGAGUCGGGAAUAAAUUCCCCCAGCGUCUUGUCGUGGUGGGAAUACGAGCACAGCAACCGAAAGAUGAGCGGGAUCAUUGUGGGCAGCGCCUUUGGGCCAGUGAAAAUCCUCCCGGUCAACCUGAAAGCUGUCAAAGGCUACUUCACGUUGAGGCAGCCGGUGGUUCUGUGGCAGGAGAUGGACCAGUUGCCGGUCCACAGCAUCAAGAGCGUUCCUCUUUAUCACCCUUACCAGAAAUGUAGUUGCAGCUUAGUGGUGGCCGCAAGAGGCUGUUACGUUUUUUGGUGUCUUCUCUUGAUAUCCAAAGCAGGCUUGAAUGUCCACAACUCUCACGUGACAGGGCUUCACUCUUUGCCCAUCGUCUCCAUGGCUGCAGACAAGCAGAACGGUACUGUUUACACGUGCUCUGUCGAUGGGAAGGUAAGGCAGCUGAUUCCCAUCUUCACAGACAUUGCGUUAAAGUUUGAACACCAGCUGAUAAAGUUGUCCGAGGUGCUGGGCUCUGUGCGGACUCACGGGAUUGCGGUGAGCCCGUGUGGGGCGUACCUGGCGGUCAUUACCACCGAAGGCAUGACCAACGGCCUUCACCCCAUCACCAAAACCUACCAGGUUCAGUUCGUGACUCUUAAGACGUUUGAGGAGGUGGCGGCUCAGCUGCUGGAAUCUCCUGUCCAAAAUCUUUUCCGGCAGGUUGACUUGACGGAUCUGGUCCGCUGGAAGAUCUUGAAGGACAAGCACAUCCCGCGGUUCCUACAAGAAGCCUUGGACAAAAAGAUCGAAAGCUUUGGGUCGACUUACUUUUGGCGCUUCAAGUUGUUCCUCUUGAGAAUCUUGUAUCAGUCGCUGCAAAAGACGCCUUUUGAGGCCUUGUGGAAGCCCACGCACGAGGACACCAAGGUGUUGAUUGUGCAUUCCCCGGGGAGCGCGGAAGAGCAUCUGCAAGACGAGGGGACUUCAAAGCAGGGGGGCAAGCGGAACCCGAGCGAAACGAGCAAAGGAGAGGAUGGGGACGACCUGGCAGAUGAUUCCCUGGCCCACUCAAGUGACCUAGGAGGGCGAGAGCCAAUGGAAGAAAAGCUUCUUGAAAUCCAAGCCCAGAUCGAAGCUGUCGAAAUGCAUCUGACGCGGGAACACAUGAAGCGGGUGCUGGGGGAAGUCUACCUACACACGUGGAUUACAGAGAACACCAGCAUUCCCACCAGGGGGGUCUGUGACUUUUUAAUGUCUGACGAAAGCUACGAUGACAGGACAGCGCGGGUGCUGAUUGGGCAUAUUCUAAAGAAAAUGAACAAACAGACUUUCCCAGAGCACUGCAGCUUGUGCAAAGAGAUCCUGCCAUUCACCGAUCGCAAGCAGGCGGUUUGCUCCAACGGGCACGUUUGGCUCAGGUGCUUUCUAACCUACCAGUCUUGCCAGAGUCUGGUCUACCGAAGAUGUCUGCUUCGGGACAGCAUUGCCCGGCAUCCAACCCCGGAAGAUCCCGAGUGGAUCAAGAGGCUGUUGCAGGGCCCCUGCACAUUCUGUGAUUCUCCUGUUUUUUAGAGAAUGGCUUGUAGUGAAGAACUGUAGGUUACUUUCUCGAGGGCCCAAUCUCCAUCCAGUCUGGGAGCAGCUGCUGGAAGGGGCCAGUGUGGAAGGACUCGAGGGGACACGUCAGAUGGAUCUGGAUGAGCUGGAGCAGCAAAGGGGUCCUGUGUCCCCUGUCACGCCUGAGAGGCGGGAAGGCCUCCGUCAGAGCACACCAGUGCACAGACCCUCUGGAAACUGGUCUGAUUUCCCAGCCCCUGUUAGAGGCGGGCCCUCCGCUUGUGUCCUUUUGGCACACAGGGCCUGGAAUUGGAGAACUUCUCUUCCGCUUGGCAAGAAGUUGGAAGCCUGCGCUGCAAACUGUGGCUUGGUGGAUCAGCCAGGAGACCGGCUGCAAAGCUUCCCGUGCGAGCUGAAAGAGCAUCAGCGCUUCCUGUACCAGAGACUAUUAAAUUAUUAGAAAUAAUGUGUGAUUUAAAAAAAAAAAUUGAAAAUGUCUUGCAUGCUGGUGGUACUCAUGGAAGAGAAGUUGGUUGUUUUGCUCCUGCAAAGGUUGUCGGGUAAGUCCUGGGGUUACCAGGGAUUCCUUAGAAGGGAACCUUUGGGUAGGUGUCACCUCUCUGUGUCAAAUACCAGGCGCAAUGUUUUAAGGACCUGAUUAAGUUAUGCAGGGCUUUUUCAGUAGCAGGAACUUCUUUGCAUAUUAGGCCACGCACCCCUGAUGUAGCCAAUCCCCCAAGAGCUGACAUUGGACACCCCAGGCUAAGAUUUGGCACGUCUGGUAUUUUUCACUCACAGUGAUUUUUCUUUCUCCUUCAGACUGGGUCUAUUGUAUGCUCACUUCAGAUUUGACGUGGGUGCCUCGUACCCUUUCCAUUCUUUUUUGGCAAGAGUCAUGUCUGCAUUAUUCCAGGAGUCCCCACCAGCACCAGCACCUUCCUCCAGUUAUAUUGGCAUUUGUAGAGGGAGACAUUAUUUGUAGCAGUUGGGAUGGAGGGUGGUAAACUUGUUAAAAAUUGGGAUUGAGUUGGCCAACUUCUGUGGCAGUUCACUCUGUCUCAUUAAAAUGAAAAUAUCUCGCCUGGG